AUGUUACAUCAAGAAAAUGAAAAUAGAUCGAUACCUAGGUUUCCUUCUAUAAGUGCUAAAGAAUUUAUUCCGUGUUCAGUAGAUACCAGUUUAGAUUUAAAUCGCAAAAAUGAAGUUACGUCUAUAGUAUGUGCAAAUAAUUCAUAUGGUAAUCAAUUGGGAACUAGUAUGAAUAAUAGCAUUUCAUCUGUUCUUUUAUGCACUGCUGUAAUUAAGAUUAGAAAUUCUAAAAAUGAGUGGAUAAGUUGUAAAUGUUUGCUGGAUACGGGAUCAGAAAAAAAUUUCAUUAGGAAAGAAUGUGCCAAGCAAUUGGGAUUGAAAAUUAACCCUGCUCAAAUUUCAGUUUCCUGUUUAGGAAGUUAUAAUACGCUAAGCAAUGGAGCAGUCGAGUUAGUAUUUUCCUCUCAUUUUGACACUGAAUUUAAGAUAGUAACCUCCGCUUACGUCAUUGAUAAAAUUUGUGGGGAAUUGCCCAAUUCAAUUACGCCUGUGAAAUGUUUUAAUGAGUAUAAGGAUUUAUUGUUAGCAGAUCCCUCUUAUUUUAAGAAAGAAAGCAUAGACAUUCUAUUUGGGGUAAAUGUAUUUUCUUCGCUUGUAAACGGAAAGGUAAUAAAACGGGGUGAAGAUCUUCCGUUCGCAGUAUGUUCUAGAUUAGGGUGGAUAAUCGCAGGAGCCACAACGCUCAGCUGUUGUGACUUAGAAUCCAGUUCGGUUAAUAGUUUAAGUGUUACUACAGAUGAGCUAGUUAAGUCGUUUUGGGAAUUAGAACAAAUUCCGUCAACACAAUCGCUUACAAGGGAAGAAAGGCUUUGUGAAACGCAUUUCUUAGAAAAUUAUACGCGCAAUAAAGAAGGAAGGUAUUCUGUUAGACUUCCGUUUAAACCUAAUAGAAAACUGUUAGAGUAUCUCGAUCUUGGGCAUAUGGAAAUCGACAAUACGGUAUGCAAAGAAAAUGCUCAUUAUUGUAUUCCGCACCAUCAUGUAAUUAAUGAGUCUAGUUCCACCACAAAAUUAAGAGUUGUUUUUAAUGCUAGUGCAAAAACUACAUCUGGUGUAUUAUUAAAUGAUACGCUUAUGAAUGGUCCAAAGGCAGCGAGAUUUCCAAAGGCAGUUGAUCUAAUCAUACAUAAUUUUUACGUUGAUGACUGCCUGUUUGGCGCUAAAACGCAAGAGGAGGCGAUUGAUCUUAUCCAUGAACUGAAUGAUCUCCUUAGAAGAGGACAAUUUAAAUUGCACAAGUGGUGUACUAACAAUUCGUUUGUGUUGGAAAGACUACGCAAAUCCGAGGGCUUGUCCGCAUGUUCUUCUAGUACCGCUGAUUCUAAAUUUAUUAAAGUAUUGGGAUUGAGAUGGAACUCAACGCUCGACGACAUUACGUAUAACAUUCAUUUUUCGGAUAAGCACAGAGCCUUCCCUACAAAAAGAUCUAUUUUGUCUAGUGUGUCAAGCAUUUUCGACCCCCUUGGGUGGUUGUCGCCAUUUAUUAUAACUGCAAAGAUUUUGAUUCAAGAUUUGUGGAAAUGUCAGUUAUCGUGGGAUGAUCCUGUGCCUCCGGAGCUUAAGGAGCGAUGGAUUAACUAUAGCAACGAUAUUUCUCAACUUGAACCUGUAACUGUGCCUCGAAGAGUUCUUUUGCACGAAGCGUCUAAUAUUGAACUGUAUUGUUUUUGUGAUGCCUCUGAGAAGGCAUACGCUGCAGUAAUUUACUUAAAAUCUUCUGAUACGUCCAGUCAUCAAGUUAGCCUGUUGACAUCGAAGACUCGUGUUUCACCAUUGAAAACAAUAUCGAUUCCGCGCCUUGAACUUUGCUCAGCUGUGUUGUUAGUGCAUUUACUACAAAUCGUUCUUUCGUCAUUACAUAUUCAAAUUGAUGCAAUACACGCCUUCACAGAUUCCACAAUCGUUUUAGCAUGGUUAAGAUCUGAGCCGUCACGUUGGCAAAUAUUUGUUGCUAACCGGUUUUCUGAAAUACAAGGGAUCCUUCCUAUUCAACACUGGCGCUGGAUUCCUUCAGACCAAAAUCCAGCAGACUGUGCAAGUAGAGGACUUUUACCCUCUGAACUGCUUAAGUUUGAAUUAUGGUGGUCUGGUUCUCAUUGGCUUAGACACGAGGAAAUUCCACAUGUAGAAGUACCAUCGUCAACGGACGCUCUAAAAGAAGAGCGAAAAAAGGCUUCGUGUUUAUAUGGAACAUCGUCUGUUGAUUUUCCAAUAAUUGUUAAAGUUUCAUCAUAUGUUAAAUUACGCCGCAUGAUAGCAUGGUGCCUACGUUUCAUUAAAAAUGCUCGAUAUCCCAAAAAUCGAAACAUUGGCUAUCUGACUAGUGAUGAAAUGAAAGCCGCUAGAAAUAUUUUGGUGAAGAUAGUUCAAAAGCAAGAGUUUUCCACUGAGUAUAUUCAUUUGGAGAAUAAAAAACCACUUCCUGCCAAUAGUAAAUUACUUUCCUUAAAGCCAUUUAUAAAUGAUGAUGGUGUAAUACGUGUUGGUGGUAGACUGGAAAAUGCUCCUUUUUCAAAUGAAAGAAACCAUCCCAUUCUCCUGCCAAAGAAUCACCACUUAACUACCAUUAUCAUUCGCUCCUAUCAUGAAACAUAUUUACUUGCGGGUACUAUUCUUUUGUUAUCUGUUAUACGUAAGGAGUUUUGGAUAAUUAACGCUAAGUCGGCCAUUAAAAAUGAAAUUUGGAAAUGCAUUAAGUGUUUCAAACUCAAGGGAAAAACAGCAACCCAGGUGAUGGCUGAUUUGCCGCGUGCUAGAGUAAUGCCAUCACGAGUGUUUUCAAAAACCGGUCUAGACUUUGCAGGACCCUUUCUAGUAAAACCGCGAUCUGGCCACGGGGUUAGAACCUUAAAAGUUUACAUUUGUAUUUUUGUGUGUUUAGCCGUAAAGGCUGUGCACAUUGAAAUUGUUGGCAAUUUAUCUGCAGACUGUUUUAUAGCUGCACUAAAACGAUUUGUGGCGAGACGAGGAAAACCAAGUGAGGUAUUUUCGGAUUGUGGAUCAAAUUUUGUAGCUACAAAUAAAGAAUUGAAUAGAAUUAUUGCACGUCUCCAGAAGGAAGAACCCGUUCAUAAUUAUUUCGCCAACGAGGGAACUAAAUGGAACUUUAAUCCGCCUUCCGCCCCUCAUUUUGGAGGAAUUUGGGAGGCAGCUGUCAAAUCCGCUAAAUCUCACCUAAAACGUACAAUAGCAGACCAAAAAUUGACUUUGGAAGAAUUUUCAACGCUAACGACACAAAUUGAAUCUUGUUUAAAUUCCCGACCGUUGAGCCCUUUGUCAGAGGAUCCAUCCGAAAUGUCUGCUCUUACUCCUGGGCAUUUCUUGGUUGGUAGAUCGCAUUCUUCAAUACCAGAAGAAAAUCUUCUCAACGAAAAAAUUCUCCCUUCUUAUCGCUGGAAAUUAACUCAACAGAUUUUUCAGAGUUUCUGA